UCACCUUCCACCAGAACACGAGUCUCCGUCUCAUAUAACGUGUGCAACUUUACUCCAACAUAAUCUGAACAAUUGGCAUCAUCAUCUCAAACCCCAUUGAUUUCAUUCAAUAUUUAUAAGCGCGCGACGGCUCAUGUCGCACCACAAGGGAAAAUCGGGCAAGAAGCCCGCACGAGCUGCUGAAGCCAAGAGAGAAGAUGUCCUCCAGGCAGUGAUCAUUGCCGAUUCCUUCCAGGACAGAUUCCAGCCCCUCACCAUCGACAAGCCUCGAUGUCUCCUUCCACUUGCCAACACUCCCCUUAUCGAGUACACCCUCGAGUUCUUGGCCAUGAACGGUGUCCAGGAGGUCCACAUCUACCCCGGCGCCCAUGGUGAACAGGUCGAGGACUAUAUCAACAGAUCGCGAUGGGCCACCGAGUCGGGCCGAAGCCCCUUCUCAGGCAUCUCCUUCAUCCGCGUCUCCGACGCCCGUUCCAUUGGCGACUUCCUCCGAGAUCUCGACAAGCGCGGCUACAUCGAUGGCGACUUCAUUCUCGUCCACGGCGACCUGGUGUCCAACAUGUCGCUGGACCGGGUGCUUGCGGCCCACAAAGCUAGGAGACAGGCUGCUGCUACUAACAUCAUGACCUUGGUUCUCCGAUCUGGCGGCGAGGAGCAGCAUCGGACCAAGGCAAACGCCAUCACCCCCGUAUUUGUGGUGGACACAAAGACGAAACGCUGUCUGCAUUACGACGAGACCCAUCCGCUGCAGAGCGACCACUACCUGACCCUGGACCCGGCCGUCAUUGACGAGCUGUCCACCGACUUUGAGAUCCGUGCCGACUUGAUCGAUGCCCAGAUUGACAUUUGCACCCCCGAAGUCCUGGCGCUGUGGUCCGAGAGCUUCGACUACGAGCUGCCUCGAAGAAAUUUCCUACAUGGCGUUCUCAAGGACUGGGAGCUCAACGGCAAGGCCAUUUACGUCGACGUGCUGGAGGAAGGAUACGCUGCUCGCGCCAGCAACCUGCAGAUGUACGAAUCCAUCAGUCGCGACGUCAUGGGCCGAUGGACCUUCCCCUUCAUCCCCGAAUGCAAUAUCCUGCCCGACCAGGGCUACCAGAUGCGCAUCUAUGGUGUCUCCACCGAAGACGGCGUUGAGAUCGCCUCGAACAGCAAGCUUUCCAACUCCAUCAUUGGCCGGGAUGCCGCUAUUGGCUCCGGCAGCACCGUGAUCGGCAGCGUCAUCGGAAGGCGGUGCAAAAUUGGCCAGAACGUCGUCAUCGAAGACAGCUACGUCUGGGACGAUACAACAAUUGACGACGGCGCCGUCAUUUCACGGUCCAUCCUGGGCUAUUCCACCGUGGUCGGAAAGAGGGCCUCUAUCCCCGCUGGCUCGGUUCUGUCCCGCAACGUCGUCGUCGGCGACGACGUCAAGCUGCAGGAGCCCGCCGUCCUAUCAGUAAUCUCGCACGACGGAAGUCCAGUAACCACCGACACGUCGCUCCUCGGUCCCUCGGGCAAAGGUGCCCCGUACGUCGAUCCCGAAGCCGAAGAAAUCGACCCGGAAGAUCCUUCGACCUUACAACGGUCUCUCAUCUAUUCGCUGGCCCAUCUCUCCCUGUCGUCCUCAUCCAUUUCCACGCUAGAUUCGGAAGGCUAUGCCGACUCCGACGACGACUCUCUAGCCACACCCUUCUCCGGGGACACUUCCCGAACCCGUCUCUCCUCUUUUGCCUCGGACGACUCCGGUGCCGCCCUCGGGAACACCUCCUUCCACCACGACGCCGUGCAGGGACUCCUCGACGCCCUCCGCGACGACACGGGCGACUUCGAGCCCGCCAAGCUCGAGUUCAUGGGCCUCCGUCUCGCUAAUGACGCUUCGGAUGCCCAGAUGCGCCGCGCAGUCGCCGUCGCCUUUGCCCGCCGCGCCGCCGAGCUCCUCACCCCCGAACACGGCGGCCUCGACGCCUCCAAGGCCGCCGACCGCGCCCUCUCGCGCAAGGGCGCCUCCACAUUCAUCCACGAAGUCGGUGUCGGCGACCCGGCCAGCGAUGCCGAGCAGGUCGAGUUCAUCCUCUCCCUGCAGAAGGCCCUGGUCUCCCUCGUCGGCUCGUCCCGGACACUGGCGCUCGAGAAAUCCCGCGCCGGCACGCUGCUCGCCGCGCUUCUGCAACAGCUGUACAACCUCGACGUGCUCGAAGAGGAGGGCAUCUUGGCCUGGUGGGCCGAAGAGCGCGCCCUCGGCGGCGGCGGCGGCGGCGGCAAAGACGGGGAACUGGAAGAUAAGAUGAAGGCGGUGCGAGAACGCUGCCGUGUCCUCGUCGAGUGGCUCGAGAACGCCUCGGAGGAGGAAGACGAUGACGACGAUGACGACGAAGACGAUAGUGACGACGAGUAAAUUUGUUUUGGUGACCAGGGUCACCUCACGGCAUGGCCUUGGCUUUCUGCCUGCGGGCUUCUUCCUACGCGCUUUUGCUUGUCUUUAGGGGGACUUUUUCUUGCCCUUUUUUUCUUUUCCUUUUUUUUUUCUUGCUUUCUUCGCCGGGUUUCCACGGACGUCUCUGUGGAUAGGGGUUGGGUUACGACGAGGAUAGAGAAAUGAUCAGGCCGGUUACUGGUGCAGCAUAUCCACUUUGUAUGUGGGUGAGCGGGAAGGGAAAAAGAGGGAAACAGACGAAAAGAAGUUGGGACCUGGAGGCGCUUAUGGGCCCUCCUUUCCACGAUGCAUGCACCACCAGAUCCUGCGAGGAUAGAGAAAAUAGGCCCCAAAGUUCCGAAGGGGCCGGGUAGAGCAAAUAGGACGGACAGCAUAUC